AUGCUCCUUGUCGAAUUAUCCCCUGGCAGCCGAAGCUCAAAUCCCAAAACAGUGUCCGGCCCAGACGUCUAUUUUAACAAGGGGGAAGGCGAUGAUACAUCAGAUGACGAUGACACUGCGAGUGAAGCAAGCGUUGACGCUUCCGCGCGUCCACUCAGUGCGUAUGUGGCUCAGUUCCCUGAGGACUGUCAGGUGGAAUACCGCGUGAACCCCCAUGGACGCGAUGUGCUGAUGAACUACUGGGGUGGUGAGUGCCCGUUUUGUGAUGGCCUCCAUUAUUAUUGUCCCGGUUGUGGCCCUGCCCGCCUGUUUCCAGACCUUUGGGGUGGGUGUGGUGUGGAUCAGGCCUGUCCCGUCUGCCUGGGUUACAAUUUUGCCAUGGACGACAAAGACGCGUUGAGAGUAAUAGAAUACUAUACAGAUAGGCUUCAUAGAGGCGAUGCUAAAUGUGACGGGGGAUAUGCAGAAAUGAAACGCGAGAUCCUCGACAUGGUACGGGAGCGAUAUGAGAGGAUCAAUGCGCAGAGGGAAGAGAUGGGUUUCCCUUUCUAUGAUGUCAAUAAGAUCGUAGAGGGUUGGUUUGAGGACGACGAUGAUGACGAUGACGACGAUGACGAAUGA